AUGAAGACUACGGUGAGAGCUUCUUCAGGGGUUUGGCAACCAACCGCCCCCGCAGAUGCUGGGCAUAACGCCGACAACUACGCCUUCUUCGCUGACUACUUGGACCGAGCAACCCCUUCAUCGCAUUCCAAGCUCAUGUUCAACUACUUGAACAGUAAUUCCGUGGUUCAUUUACGUGAUCAAGGAUGGGACGUACCCCACCAAUAUCAUCGAUCGGUGGACGUCCCAAAGAUGUUGACAUCCGAGAUCUGUCUAUGUCUAAAAUUAGCAAUCCCCAUACCAACGGCUACGGAGCGCUCGUCGCUGGGUCGUUGGGUCGUCGUUGAGCUUAUUAACCACAACGGCGCAUUCAACGACAUCGCUGGUAAUCAAGUCAUCAAUACGUACCACAACCCGCAAAUCGUCACAAUAGAAUCCUCACGAGGCGGGCGCUGUACGGUUGAUCCGUCACUGACAACCGAGUCCAUAUCCCUUCCAACCUCUGAGCCAUUCAAGAGCUUCGUUGCGCUCGCGGUGGAUGUUCAACGCGCUCUGUUUCCUAUCGGAUAUAUUGUCAACGAACCGGGUGUAUUCGACCCCUUGAAAGACGACCUCAUGCUAAUCAUCAAGUCCGCUGCAUUCUUGAGUAGAAAUCUUGAGCUUGUUCAAGGCAACCCGUACUUUCCCUCCCUUUUCGGUGGCGACAUGAUGAAGACUCGUUGCUUCAUGUAUUCCGAAUCUCUGAAACGAUCCUUGGACGAAAUUCGACGUUACCAUGAUGGACUCAAAUUUACGCUGAUUGUGCCGAUAUGGAGGAGGGGAGUGGGGACGCUAAUAUUGAGAACAUAA